AUGGACCGGCUGCAGGUCUUGCAGAUCGACUCGGUCAACGUUUUCGAACGCAGUCACUACCUGCCCGUUUAUGCGCGACUGGGCGCCUACGACAAGUCCAGGCUUGAUCAGCUGACCUUCUCCCCGGAGUCGGGGUACCUCGAAUACUGGGGACACGAAGCGACGUUCCUGCCGGUGGACAUGUGGCCACUCUUUCGUUGGCGCAUGGACCAGUUUCGUGACAAAGCUUUGAGCGACAAGAACGGAUGGGCGUCUGAUCGGCGCGACUUCCUCGACUGGUUGCGCAACGAACUGCGUGAAAACGGUCCGAUGGCGGCGAGCGAAGUCGAGCAUGAAGCGAAUACACGCCGCGGCCCGUGGUGGGGGUGGUCGGACGUGAAAGUCGGGCUGGAGACUCUGUUCCGGUGGGGCGAAGUGGUAUCCGCGGGUCGCGCAGGAUUCGAACGUCGAUACGGCCUUGCCGAACACAUGCUCGCGCCCGAGAUCCUCGAUGCGAGGAUCGAUCGAUCGGACGCGAUCCGUGAGCUGGUGCUGCGUGGUGUGAAGGCCCACGGACUCCGGGCACGAAUUGCCUUGCGUGAGAUCGAAGACGCCGGCAAUGUACGCAGUGUUUCGGUCGAGGGCUGGGAGCGUCGUGGCAGCCUCGCGAGGUAUGGAUUGAUCCACAGGCAAAGCGUCCAAGGUCGAUCCGAACCGAGGGCCCUGUUGUCGCCCUUCGAUCCGGUAGUGUGGGCGCGCGAUCGAGCGUUGCGGCUCUUCGACUUUCACUACCGGAUCGAGAUCUAUACUCCCGCACACAAGCGGGUUCACGGCUACUAUGUGCUCCCCGUGUUGAUCGACGACAAUAUCUGCGCGCGAGUCGAUCUCAAGAACGACCGACAGAACCGUCGGCUACUCGUGCGCGCUGCUUGGGCCGAGCCCACCGCCGAUGCCGACACUGCACCGCGUCUGGCCGAGCUCCUUCGUAGAACCGCAAUGUGGCAAGGCUGCGACACCGUAGUCGUGGAGAACAAUGGAACAUUGGCAUCAGAGCUGGCCGCUGUGAUGGCCGGCGACGAGGUGGAUGCGGUGGGCGCGCGC